AUGAGGUUCAUGUUCACGGAGGAUGAACUGAAGCAGCUGGAUGGCCUUCCAGGUGAGGACGAGGAGGAGGAUGCCGCCAUGUCGAAGCCGGACAUCGUGAAUUUGGAUGCGAAAGAUGUUAACGGCACUGUCCUGUUCAGGAAGCUUCUGCAAUGGGGCAAGGACAGUGCAGAACGAGCUGUUCUGCAGCCAUCGCAGGUUUUCGAAGUCUUCAAGGAGACCCUUGGCGAGGACUGGAUCUGCGACAGUCAGGCUCACAUUUGCCUGCUGGGGCGCUCGGAAGAUUCCGCAUUGGUGCGACAUCUUUAUAAGGUGUUGACGCAGGACCUGACGCUGAGACACAUCUCUGUCGCCAGUGGUGGCUUCGAGGCGGUGAUGAAGUCUGCCACGAAACAUGGCUACGAGAUCGUCCGCAGCGAGCCGGGGAUUGCCGGAGCUCUCGACAGGCAGCCAGUUCCCGCUGCUGCAGCAGCUGCAGAAGGUGCAGCAGCGGCUGCUGCGGCCGCGGCAGAGACUGCCGCCAGCAAACUCUCGGCGGUGUUGUCCAGCUUGAAGCGGGUGACGGCAGGCCCACGGCCCGCAAGUGAGCAGAGCCUUGCCAAGAGCGACGCAUCAG